UAAAAUAUUCAAAGAAUGAUUCCUUUUACUCUAAUUUAUAUAAUUUUUAGCAAUUGUACGAUUUAAUAUUUGAAUAUGAAUAAGCAAACCACACGUGCACCCCCGUCAUAUGUCAUUUGAAUUUAUUGAACUGAAUAUUACAAAAUCGAUACGUAGUGUUAUUACAAGUGGAGACAAAGAAUAAUGUAAAUAUGGGUGAUGGAUUAACGUGAAUGCAGUCGAAUAGCGUAUGACUACUGAAAACUCGUCUGAAUUGACUGUUACAGUGUCGGAACAUCUCGUCAAUUGCAAGACAACACAAAAUAAUUUUAGUUGGAUUUAUCCAAAGUUUAGUUUUCACAAUGUAUGACAUAAGGCUUGAAAAUGCAUGAAAAGGGAUAGAUAAGAUAUGGGAAUUAAAAAUACCCACUGUACGUAAAGUGCUGAUUGAAAAUGAGCUUGAUUUAGGUAAUCACAUUAAUUUGAAAAAUGCAGAACAUCAAAGGGAAUUUGGAAGGUAAAUUAUUUUAGAUAAGUUAGCUUUGCGUUAAAAGUGCAUAAAAAAUCUUCCUGCUCAAUUUUAUCGUGGAGCAUAACCAAACUAGAGGGCUAAAUAAAGAGAACGACUAUAUCCGAGAUACCAGACAAAAGUAUAGCUAGUGUUCCAAAUCCAGUAAAUCUCUAUUAGCGCUUUCCCAAUAAGAACCUAAAAAACGAAGUAAAUGGCGGAUGCGAGAACCAGACUAUAUUGUGAUGAAGAAACACAAGAACACCACUCCAUUGAACUAAGGAAGCCGUCAAUUAUUUCCCAUUUGACAUGUAUAGGUGCCCUCUUUGUUCACGGAAAAAUAACCAUAUUGAAGAAGAUUCGAAAUAUAGAUACUGUAGACGUACUUUUGGCCGCGUGGUAUUAAUUUACACUAUGAACGCGGGCACACAUUUUCCGCGGAAUUUUUUCCCAGUGUACUUAAAGUGCAUUUUGGAAUGAAAUUUUAAAAUUGCAUUACAUGAAUAAGGAUAAUUGGAAGUUACUACAUUCUAUACAUGUAACACUUGCAUAUACGUAUAUCGUUUUUAUCUAUGCAAACUGUCAAACAAAUUUGUAUUGAGAAUUCACUUAAUCAAUAAUUUAAUCUCCUAAAGAUUUGAAUUUUCUGUAAAUUUACUUGCAUGGAAUUUAAACUUCUCCCAGCUUGAGAUAACAGCACGUGUCAGACGACAAAUAGCCCCAAGCGGGUGUGUCUUUCAAUGACCCAAUUAACUACACGCUAAGACCCGUGUUUUUACUGCAAUGUUUAGAUCCCUUUGUGUUGUGACUUUUAAGUGAUAAAACUGAUCAACUCAUAAUUUAAACUACAUGUGAACCCAUAAAUUGACAGUUACUAUUAAUUGAAGAUGUGGUGUUUCACAAGACGAUUUUAGCCAGCGUCAAGAUGUUACUACCGACCAGUGCACAACCGAUAAUUACUGUUCACAGUGUGAACAGUUCUUACAAUUUAAGUCCAAAGUUGGACAAAUUCUAGGUAAUGAAAAUCGCUCAGAACCAAAUUUAAUAUCUAUUCAAAUGAUUUUUUUUCAUUCAAAUAAUCCGCGUAAAUUUUUACCCGCAGAUUAAAUUGAUAUUGUGAUUCCGCGGAAUUAUGACCCCGUGGAAAAAAAUACGUCUACAGUAUUUAUGGUGGAAAACUCCUGGCAUCUUUGAUACAUUGGGAAGUGCUCGGGACAUACUUUUCCAGUUUUAAGAGAUUUUUGUAUCGUCUUCUAACCUGACAUGAAUGAGGAUUAGUUUAAAAGGAGAAAACUAUAGUAUUAUUGAAGUUUAGGCAUAAAGAUAUUUUUAAAUAUUUCAAAAUGUGAAGCAAAAAGUCACGGAAUCGGUAAUCUGGUACAGAUCGAGUAUAUUGUAGGAAUAUGUCAUGCUUUGUCGAUGUUAAGACAAAACGUUGAUGUGAACUAUGAAAUAUAUUUUAACAUUUGUGUGAUAGUGGAUAGGGUAAGAGGGUACUCUCACACAGGAAACGAGUUGUUUCUUCUAAAACUUUAUAUCUACAUGUAUUGAACUUAAUUAAUAAUUGCCAAUUUCAAAUGGAUAUUGGAUGGUAUCAAUUACUUCCGUUUCGUUAACAUGUGCAAAGAUUUAGCAAUAAUCUCAAAUAUCUGAAAAAAAAUUUUCACAGGAGUCAUUCGGAAUACCCAAAAUGACUAGUUUGAAAACUUUAAAAAAGAAAGAAAUGCUUAAUGUGAUACUGCAAUGUCUUUGAGAAUUUAAAACAUUUGGAUUGGAAAAAAACAUUUAAAACCUUUGGAUUGGAAAAAACAACUCCUUUACACAGGCAUGCAGUUCUAACUCAGAGUUUAACAUCUCAUCUUGUCUGGCAAUAUUGAAACAUAUGCACGUUUAUCAACUGAAACGGAAUGGAUUUUCCAAAAGACCUAACAUAUUCAGUUACGCAUGGAACAACUAGCCAAACAUAUGGGCCUCCUCAAUAGAUAUUUAAAUGUCUUCGCAAAGCCAUGGUCUCAUUUCAUGGGAACAUUUAGACAACAUGAAUCAACAGCACAUUCAAGACACGCACCGAAGAGUCUCUGGGAAUUCUGCUGGUUCUGACGGGUCGAACAAUUCGGGUUCAUCGUACAGCAGUUUUCAGGGUGUUCAAGAACCUGAAAUAGAUUAUGAAGACGAUACUAACGAGAAUGAGGCACCUGGAAUUCCACAAUCCACAGACUGGUACAUUCCCCGAGGAUAUCGCUUAAACCACAGAACCUUUCGAGAACAACCGAUACCACCAUUAUCGCCCUUAGAUCAACAACAGCCAAAUGUUAGAGGGACUGUUGGAGUCAUAUCACAGUACAAUAGACGAGGACAGUGUGUCUUCUAUGACAAUGCACGGAAUGUACCUGGAAUAGGAGGUUUUCGUUCAUCUAACAUAUCCAGGGGCUCCGACAGCACAAAUUCAUCGAGUUAUGAACAAGUCCAGAGUGCACAAAGUUCACCCAGAUACACAGAGGCAACACCUGAUGGCAAUCAUAGAGCUACGGAAACUGAUCAGUCCAUCCAAAAACAUAAAGGUUGUUCCAUAAAGAAAAUUUGCAAGUGCGUCGUCUGGACCGCUAUUUUUCUUGGUAUUUCUUUCGGAGUUGCGCUUUCCACUCUUAAUAAUGUAAACACCAGUGAUUUGGAGAGACAGAUGUUACAGGGUAAUGAUGAAAUUAACAAGACACUCGCCCGCUCAUUGAAGAUGGUUGAUAAUUCAUUAAAAGAAGUAAUAGUGUCUGCAAGAAAUGGUUCACAAACAGUUAGUAAUGAAUCAAGUUCUCAUAGUAAUAAAACUGAAGCGCAAAUACGUGAUAUGAAAACAAUGUUGUUGACGUUAUUUGAAGAACUUGAAAGAAACAUCACAUCUUAUUGGAAUAGCCAAGUAAAAAGAGGUGGUGGAUCUGGAUUAGGAUCUGGAACAGAUUCAGGAGGACAUUGCUACAACAGUACAACUAACGGCUGUAUAGAUCAGUGCUAUAACAUUUGUGAUGGGGACUACCAGUCCUGUUGGACUUGUAAAGGUUACAUCACUUGCGCAAAUCGGAUAUUACAUCAACGAAACUGUUCAGAUAGCCACCUCGUUUGGGACGAUCAUACUAAAAGAUGUGAAAGUGUAAGCAAUACUUGUCCAUAGGAAUAAACAUAAUUGAACUUGUAUACAUGUAUUAAAAUAAUGAAAAAAUUAGAGGAGCAUUUAACUUAAUGGCUUGUGUCGAUUUUAUAAAGGGAAAAUAUUCUCAGCAACAUCUGUUACAGUAUCUUAAUGCUGUUAACAUUUCAUAGAUAUCUCUUUUGGCAUCUAUUAUCUUUUAGUUUAAUCACAGCUUUUAGUACCGCUGAUUGGAAACAAAGAAUUGUGCAAGAUUCGACUGUAGUCCGCUUUUUCACUUUCCAGAUAAUUCAAUGACCCAAGCAAGUGUUGCAUGCUGUGCAAUGAUUAUUUUACAUUAUUACAGUGACAAUCAAAAUCAAUGUGAUACUCAGUCGGUUUAAGUAUUUGUUUUAAUACUGUAAGGAAAUGACGUUAAGUACUCAGUAAUGUGUGUGUAUGUGUUUGUAUGUGUUUGCACCUAUUGAAUGUACAAUGUAAAGCUAUAAAUACUACAUUUAACACUUUUUACAGAAAAACAGCAUUGGGAAUUAGAUGCAUGACAGCAAGUUUGUUUGCAAAAUUGGUAAAAAAAAUUAUUUUGACAUUGACAAAAAAUUAAUUCAUAAAAUGUUUAUCAAAGAUAAAAUGUUAACAAUAUUAAUUAACAUAUAGACUACCAUUUUCAUACUUAAUUAGAGACUAUAUAAAUUACAACCCCUCGACUGUGGUGUUGUUUCUUUUUCGAUCGGAAUGCGUUAGCUUAAUAUGCCAAGCAAAAUUUUGCGUCGACUGCUUGUUUUCAUACUGAAAAGGCAUAGAACCUUACGCGAUCAGUUUAUAAUAUUUUUAAAUGGAUAAAAGUUCUAAAUAACCUUGCAUGUACUCAUAUCCAAUUUCAAAUGUUAUAACGUUUCUCAACGAAAAUUUCAACACAGUUUCUCAAUCUUUAUACAAAUGGGUAAUCAGAAAAUUCAAUUAUUUAAGAAAAUAUGUACACGAUUGCAUGUACAUCUUCAUAUUUUUCACUUAUUCAGUUAAUUAAAUCUAAUUUUAAAGUAAGUUGAGGUUAAUUGUUAAUCGGUUAUAAUUUUGUUAUUGUUGCUCAUUGUUUGUGAAGGAGUUUUGUCUCUUGAUUUUUAUCAUAAGAAAAUAUAUUAGUUUUAAUCAUUAUACAUGUAUGUAAUGUGUGUAAUGAGGCAAACAAAAUAUUUAGUACUUGAUCCUUCAUUUUAUAUGUACUGUUCCAUUCAUCUGUCUUUUUGUACGUGUCUAUUCAGCUCAUCAUGAUUCAUAGCUAUUCUAGUUAUGACAAUUGUGCUCACAUUAUUGUGUAUACUUAUAGUUUUUUCGUUUUCAGGUGCAUACAUUUAAAAUGUAUUGUUUAAGUUAUUGUGAUGUAUGUUUAUGAUUGUUAUUAUCUUACAUCAGAUGUAAGUAAAAGUAAAAUUAGUAAAAAGUAAAACAAUGCUGCUACCGUUGUCACUGCGUUUGUACUGUUGUCAAAUUGAUAACCUAAGUAAAAAUGCAACUUUAAAUUCAACAAAUCUAAAAUAAAAUUUAUUCAAAUUCAGUUAAAUAGAUAUUUGUAAACUCUGGCCCAGUAGUUUAAAUGUCCUAAUUUACAUAUGGAAAUGAUUAUUUGUUUUCUUUGUUUGCUUAUAUAAUUUAUCUCACAUAUCUUGAAGUUCUUGUUUAAACUUCUAUAAUUGUAAAGCAAUUAUUAAUGUUUUAAUCUGUUUGCAUUUGAUCUAGGAAAUAUUUGUAUUAUUCAUUUAAACCUUUUAUGAUAAAUCGGGUUUUUUGGUGUGUUUCUUUAAACGAUAUGUUAUACCAAUAUUAAUGACGUAAUUUGUAUUUAGAGAACAAGAUAUAUUUAAAUUCGAAUUUGAUUCAGCAUAAGAUAAACAACCCAGAUUAAAGUAGAUUAAAACGGACGUUGAAUUUGAAUUUUGAUGCAGUGUGUAUGAAAUGUUAAAUAUCUGUUUUUGACUCAAAUUCUUAUUGUUUUUAUCAAAUAAUAUAUACAUGGGCUUUUCAUGAACCCUUCUGCAUUACAUUAUUCGGCUUGGACCUUUCUUUUACUUUAUCAAAAUUUUCUUUUAUAUUUGUCAACAAAAUAUGAUUGGGCCGACGAAGUUUAAUCCUCAAAAUAAAAUAUUUUGAUAGAAAUAUCCAAUCAUCGUUAGAAAAUGUAGGUAACUGGGUUAACCAGAAAGGUUCUUGUCUAUUCAUUAUUCUUUGUAAUUCUCUGAAAUAGUGCGUAAGCAGGGGAAUUCCCGUUUAAAACCAGGAACUUCAGAAAAUGCAUUUCAUUUUAAUGCAUGGUUUUUAAAACAAGUUUCGGUAUUUAAAAGCAAUAACCUAUAGGCUGUUUAAUAUUAAGUGUUACAUAUUUUUUUUUAUAUUUUGUAUAACUUUCCGAAGAGCCGGGAUGGCUAAAAGCGCUGAGAGUAAACAGUUCAAUCAUUUCAUUUGGAGUGCCGCAUUUCGUAUUAUUUAUUGAAGUAUUAUUUGUUAUACAUAGACUUAAAGGUAUAUGUGGCGUAUUUGGAGUAAAAUUUUUGACAUGAGUUUAAGUAAAAAUAAACAUUAUGCUUCUUAUAAUUAGACGUUUCACAAAUUCUAGGCCCAUAAAUCAUGUUCUCUCUUUAGUUAUUUGUCUCUAAACUUUGCUACAUGUCUGAUGAAUAUUAAUGUGAUCGGCCAUUUGUAACGCCUUUGUGCAUGAGUGCAGAAAAAACUAAUAUUGAAAACACGAUGGAAGAACAGUUUGUUUACAAAUU